AUGUCGCCGGGUCCCAAGACCAACACAGUCCAUCUGGACGAGUACGAGCGGGAAGAUGAGAAAUACAGAGGCGUGGAUGCGCAUUCGGCGCAUGUCAAUCUGAAUCUCAACCUCGAAGGCCGUAUACAAAAUCCCCUCGCUGGUCUUCCGACCGUCUUUCUCCUGCGCGAAAUCGACGAGUUUGCCCGGAAGCGGGGCUUGAUGGAUGUGUUGCCGCUGUUGAGGAAAGGAGCAUUGGUUGCACGCGACCCCUCGAAUUAUGAAGAUAUUAGUGGAGACGAGGCGCUGGAUGAUGCGGAGAUUGAGGCCUUGAGAGACGAAGUGCUUCAUAAGUGGAGACAACCAAAGGCGCUGUAUUAUACGAUUAUAAUAUGCUCGAUUGGGGCUGCGGUACAGGGUUGGGAUCAGACAGGUUCCAAUGGCGCAAUGCUCAAGUUCCCAGAGUACUUUCAAAUCGACUCAACAUCCACACGCGAUUCAUUCUUAGUCGGCCUACUCAACGCAGCACCUUACAUAGGUUCGGCAUUCAUAGGAUGUUGGGUUGCUGACCCUCUGAACAACUAUUUUGGUCGUCGAGGGACGAUCUUUGUCACUGGAAACUUUUGCCUUUGGACUGUGCUUGGUUCAGCUUUCACAAAGACCUGGCCGCAGCUGCUUGUUUGCCGGAUUCUCCUGGGAAUUGGUAUGGGCGCGAAGGCUAGUACGGUACCAAUUUUCGCCGCGGAGAACAGUCCGGCGUCUAUUAGAGGAGCUUUGGUAAUGUCCUGGCAAAUGUGGACGGCCUUCGGAAUUCUGUUAGGCUUUGCAGCGAAUCUUGCUGUUGCGAAUGUACCAAAGAUAUUUUGGCGUCUCCAACUUGGAAGUGCUUUUAUACCAGCAGUCCCCCUGGUCCUAGGCGUAUAUUUUUGUCCUGAAUCUCCCAGAUGGUACAUGAAGAAAGGACGGUACCGCAAAGCUUUCACCUCUCUCCUCCGACUCCGCGCAAAUCCUAUCCAAGCAGCGAGGGACAUCAUUUACAUCAACUCGCAGCUGGAACUGGAAGCCGAGAUUAUCGGGAACAACACCUACACCCGGCGAUUUAUCGAGCUCUUCACCAUUCCCAGAUUACGUCGUUCUACGUUAGCAGCUUUCACUGUUAUGCUUGCGCAGCAGAUGUGCGGUGUUAACGUUAUUGCAUUCUAUUCCUCAACCCUAUUUGUGAAAGCUGGUGCUACCCCGAAUAGAGCGCUGUGGGCGAGUUUUGGAUUUGGGUUGAUUAACUUCAUCUUCGCAUGGCCUGCUAUUUGGACAAUCGAUACUUAUGGUCGUCGUAGUCUCCUGCUCUUCACAUUCCCGAAUAUGGCUUGGUCACUCUUGGCUGUGGGCUUGUGUUCGCUUAUUCCAUCAUCAAGUCCUGCUCAUGUGGGAUUAAUGGCCUUCUUUAUCUACGUCUUUGCGGCAUUUUACAGUCCGGGAGAAGGACCUGUCCCAUUUACAUACUCGGCCGAAGUGUUUCCUCUCUCGCAUCGUGAAGUGGGCAUGGGAUGGGCUGUAGCUACAAAUCUAUUCUGGGCAGCUGUUCUUGGUAUUACAUUGCCUAGAAUGCUCGACGCGUUCAGCAUAGUGGGUGCAUUCACAUUCUACGCUGGUUUAAACGUUAUCGCACUCUGCAUGAUCUUUCUUUGGGUGCCAGAAACCAAGCAGCGGACGCUCGAAGAAUUGGAUUAUGUAUUUGCAGUGCCUACGAGAGUUCACAUGCACUAUCAACUUACGACUGCUCUCCCAUGGUGGAUCAACCGCUACGUCCUUCUCCGCAAAGGUCCCGGUUUAGAACCCCUCUAUCACUUUGAAGGCACGUCCGGACGCACACCGAUCGAUCAGCUUUACGCCAACGAUCGUGCGAGACAGCGGUCAAAUUCAAACACAGCAACUGCAGAACAAUCACCUAUGACAGAAGCACAGGCGCCGCCACCCACGUACUCUAGCCGAGCGAGGAUGAACUUUUGA